GUUAACAGGCCUAACACACAUACAAGUGAACAGUAGAUAAACUUAGCUGCUACUUCUCGUCGUGCCCUGAAACUCCAAAAGGUUGCAUUUUUGUUGCUAAACAAGAGCAAGAGAGAAGAACAAUUAUGCUGUUUAUAUCUUCUUCACUUGUUCUAAAGCCUUCUCUCCCUGGUAGAACUCUUUCCAUUUGUCAUACUCCUCAACGACGGACAAGGUUAUCCUACAGUUUCUAUCUAAAAGGUGCAAUGAGACUUAACAGAGAACAGAAUACGACCAUAUUGCAUUAUGAGGAGAAUCUGAGGAGGAGAUUUCUUCUAUGUUUCCUACUUGGUGCAUCAGGCAUAUCCCCAACUUCCCCAUGUUCCGGGAAGACGAAGAAAAAAAACCCAUAUGAUGAAAAACGCUUACUUGAACAAAACAAACGGGUACAGACAGAAAAUAAUGCCCCUGAGGAAUUCCCAAAUUUUGUCCGAGAAGGGUUCAAAGUGAAAGUAGUGGCAUCAAAUAACUAUGUAAGGCGUGACUCAGGUUUGAUGUUGUUGGACAUCAUUGUAGGUAAAGGUGAUUGUCCAAAGGCUGGUCAACAGGUGACUUUCCAUUAUGUUGGUUAUAAUGAGUCUGGACGCCGUAUAGACAGCACAUACUUGCAAGACUCUCCUGCAAAAGUGAGAAUGGGCAAUAGUGCCUUGAUCCCAGGUGAUGCUAACAGCAAAUAUGAAAGGUUUUGAAGAGGGACUGAAGGACAUGAGACCUGGAGGAAGGAGGAGAAUGAUCAUACCUCCAGAGCUUGGACCACCAGUUGGACCUUCGACAUUCUUCAGCUCCAAACAGUUUGAAGUUUUCGACGUGGAAUUGCUCAGCGUUCAAGACUGUACCCGCCGGACCAUUGGAUUCUACUCUGAUGUUGUCUGCAAUUGAUAUACUAAUCAAUAUUGAGAUAUUUUACAUAUAUCAACAUUUGUAAAUUGCAAGUUCUGUAAUGUUUAACUGCAUUCCUUCAUCCUCACCUCAAUCACACAAUCAUCAUUUAAUUAUUACGGACUAUGGAGUACUAUUUUGAUACACGUAAAUGACAUAAUCCUCAAUUGAAAAAGCAGACUAAAUGAUGUUUUUGUCUGACGACUGAUGGAGG